AUGACUGAUUUUUUUAGCGGGAUCCAAGCUGGUAUGGUUGUCAAUCGAUUAGAGAACAGUGAACAGUCGCCCGAAGAUUGGAACAGUGAUGGGGAUGGUUCAGGGGGCACAACUGGUUUGCUUGAAUCACCAUGUUUCACGUCCAGGCUUUCUGUGCUCAAAGUGGGUUCAGUCAUAAGCAAGUUUUCUGAAUUCAAGUGCCAAUUAGUCAGGGAAACUGGAUUCGAUGGAAUGCUUGAGAUAAAAUCAUGGCAGAAGAUCAACCUGAAAUACAACGCUUAUAUAAUGGAUAGAGUCGAUGUAGAUUCACGUAUAAUAAAUCUUGAGCGCCAAGGUGUUAUUGAACUAUGUGACAAGGACAUGAAUUAUGUGUUUGGCAUCCCAUGUGGCGAUUCAACCAUAGAAGGCGAGGGAGUUGAGCCGUCAGUAGCUUGCAUUGAGUAUACCCGUGCGGCAGCAUCGUUUAGUGAUAGAGGCACCCACAGCCUGAAAGCAGCAGAGGCAUACUUAAGCAGAUGCAUAGCAGAAUCAUCUACUCAAUUAGAGCAGGACUGCUUCAAAAUUGCUUUUGUUAUUUUUGUUGUUGGUCAUGUGUUGGCACCUACUGCGAAGCACGAUUAUAUAUUAAUUGAUUUCUGGGCUGCACUGAAUGAUAUCAGCAAGAUAAAGGAUUGGAAUUGGGGAGGAUACGUGUUGAAAAAUCUUUUUCAAGCUGUCAAAAAGUUCAAGGCAGAUGUUUUGAGGAGAAACCCAACCGUGCAUAUAGUUGGAUGUCAUCUGUUUCUGCAGCUUUUUGUGCUUGAUAGCCUCGAGCUGGGUGUUCUAAACAGGGCAAGAGGUGUAACCCCGCGUAUAGGCUUGUACGACUAUGAGUCGAUCAAGAAUAUGGUUGAGAAAAUUACAGUGAAUUCUGCCCCGUGCGAAGUUUCCUUUCACGGCGCACCGGUGCGGAGCGAGCUCUCCGUGAGAAACCUAAGUGUGUGUCGUCCGAAGGAAGUUUGUGCAACAAAUACACCAAAGCCCACGACAGCGCCCAAAAAGGCAAAUGCAACGUGCACACCAAUUCCACGGAAUAGCUAUGCCAAAACCGAUGCGCAAGAGUUUUCAAAUUAUAUACGAACACGCUACCCAAGCAUAUCAACGGAGAAACUCGGCGUACUUCUCCGUGAGCAGAAUGCCCGUGGGCUAGCAAAUAUUUCAGAAAUGCGUCAAGCCUUCCAAUCCAAUAUGUUCACUUUCACUGACAAGCUAAUGAUAUGCAUAGCAGAUAGCUGCACUUGUUGCAAGGCGCAUGGAAGCAAAAGGUGCAUCUUGAAGAGGGAAGACACCAACACCGACAAUGUACCUCCCAUGGCAUCAGUAGAUCAAACCCAAUUCAGCACGCCUUUAGUAAGCAAGAUUGGACCCCGAUUACCAGCACCAGGGAACCAUGAAGGCACCGUGUCGGCGAACAGCCAUGUGUCUAGGAAAAGAGAUGGCAGUUUAUCUUCAAGCGUACAGUCAGGCACAUCAAAGAAAACCUACUCACGUGAUCAGCAGGCUAUUGUUGCACUAACCCCAACAUACAGUCAGAGCCCACACAAUCAGAACCCCAUAUCACAGGAUAGAACCAUAAUGGAAAUCGCUAGCAAUAUUGUCGCAUUUUACGAUGAUCUUACAGCAAUACUGGUUACUUAUUAUGCUGAGAUCCGUCCAACCCCCGCCUUCGUUUUGUUUGGGUCAACUACAGAUGGAGUACCUUUGAAGAUUGAUCUACCUCAAUGCAACUUUGGAAGAGACCCGUGGGUUGCUGGAUCAGUCCCAGCACCACCCAUUCCAACUGUUCUUAGGGCUAUAAGAGACUGGAUGACUGGAGCUUCCAUGCUAAACCUUGAGAGGAAAUGGAUCGUGCAUCCCAAACCAAGACUUAUAUCUCUAGAUGGUGUUGAAAUCCAUCGACAGCUUGUGCUAAAUGAUCCAAUGACCCAUGAGAUGGCCACAGCUAUUUUUCAUAGACUUGGUCAAAUUGAUAUGUUAUUCUCGAAGGACACUCCCAGACACAUAUGGAGGAAAUUUGUUGAACCAGACUUUGCGACAACUAUUUUGGCGAAUGCUGACCCACUGACGGUUCAAUCUAUUAGGACUAGUUUCCAAGAAGGAACUUCAUCUUGCAACCCAGCUUCAUGCCGGAUGUGGUACAUCUCGGCGAUCCUACCUGAUAGUUGGACAGUAUAUGCAUUUGAUAUGCUCAGAAAAAGGAUCAUCGUGCUAGACCCAGCCGUAGGGCCGUUUGGUUAUAGCAAUCGCCGAGUAAGCAUGCAUGAAUUUGUUAGCAACAAACUUCAUGCUGCUUUGUUCAACUGUCUGGAGAAAUUCUUUAGCUCAUGGCACUGUUAA